AUGUCUCUCUGCGAUGACACACUCCUGUGUAACUUCCCAAAGUGCCGGGCCAAGCUGAGCGGCUUCGCCUGGGUCACAGCCUGCUCUCAUGUUUUCUGUGAUCAGCACGGGUCUGGUGAGUUUAGCCGCUCUCCCGCCAUCUGCCCGGCAUGCUCCUCUGCGCUGUCUGGGAAGUUGGACAUUGUGAGGACGGAGCUGUCACCCUCUGAGGAUUACAAAGCCAUGGUGCUGGCAGGUUUGCGACCAGACAUAGUUAUGGAUAUCAGUGCCCGUGCUCUGGCCUUCUGGAGCUACCAGGUUCAUCAGGAGCGUAUGUACCAAGAGUAUAGUCUGUCACGGGCAGAGACACAGUUGAAGCAGAUGGAAAAGCUGUUGAACCAGCAGAACCAGAGCAGGGAGCUGGAGCUCAGUGCCAUGAGGGGGGAAAUCGCUUCCCUGAAGAAAGUGAUGGAGGAGUACAAGAGGAAGUACAGCGAGGUGUCUGAGAGGCUGAUGGAGAGGAACAGACAGUACCAGAAACUACAGGGGCUGUAUGACUCUCUGAGGCUGCGCAACAUGGUGGUGGGUGUCGGGGAAAGAGACGCGCUGCUACAAACAGGACAUCACGACUUCAGCACUGGGGUUGCUCGACAGGCGUCUCCUCAGAGAAGCCCUCAGUUCCUCUCCAUGGGCCCUGACGUGGACAGUCGAUUCUUCUCCUGCCUGGAGGGUGACGGAGCCAAGACUUUCUUCCAGUUCAGCUCCCCUGCUAGGGAGAAAGACCGGCCCUUCAUCAAGAAGCACUGAGAAGAACAGGUUUCAUAGUGACUUUA